AAAUCUAAAGUUUAGUUUCAUGUGCUCACGUGAAACUUUCAUGUGCUCACGUGAAACCUUCAUGUGCAGAUUUUUUUUUUAAAGUUUAGUUUCACGUGCUCACGUGAAACUUUCAUGUGCUCACGUGAAACUUUCAUGUGCUCACGCAAAACCUUAAUGUGCAGAUUUUUUUUUUAAAGUUUAGUUUCAUGUGCUCACGUGAAACUUUCAUGUGCUCACGUGAAACCCAUUUCGCGCUGUUAUGAACACUCAGCGGCACCGCAGCAACGAUGGCGGCUAAAGAUGAGUUGGAAACGUUCCUUAGAAGUCGAAAUAUACCAGACAAUGUGAUAGUUAAACUGAAAGAUGAUAAGAUCGACAUGAAUGUCAUAGAUUUAAUGGCGGAUGAAGAGCUGGGUCAAUAUAUUGAUAGAUAUGGAGACCGACUUGCUCUACGAGCAUUUUGUCGGCAAAGAACUUUGAAGAACAACAGUGGGACAGUGAAGUCAGCUCUGAUGCACAGGGUUCGAGAAAAAAUAGAAGGAAGAACCUCCACCAACAGCGACACAGCUGUGGGUAGACCUAUCGGCAAUAAAUAUGCCGUGAAAGACACUCGGCGGGUCGAAAUGGGAUGGCUUCACAUUCAGAAGGGUGAGUGUCACCAGGUCCGAACCAAAGGUGGAGGUGGAACACGCCACCUGUCUGUGCAGAAAACGAUAACUGUGGCAGAGCUGCUAGAGAUAGGCAAAGAUUUAUUCUUCCCAGAAGGACACUCUUCCAAAGGACCUAUUGGGAAUUUCGAUUUUGACAUUCGUGAUUUCAGCCAGAAGUCACUACCUCUUGAUUGCACCAUAAACCAGCUGUAUGAGAAGACCAAGCUGCGAAUGCUUCGUAUUUACACAUGCUCCUGGGAUAAAAACACCCCAAUCAUUCUCUCUGAUGCAUCUUCAGACUUUGAGCCCACCGAUGCGAGGCCAGUGAAGAAGAAAGCCAGGUGCCGUUAUCGCAGGAGGACUGAAUCUACAAAAGAGGAUCCCCUAGUGAAAUCUUCUGAUUCAGAUGCAGGACCUACUGGCUCAGUCCAGGCAACUUAUGAAAGGAAGAAAACCAGGAGGACUGAAACUUCAAAAGAGGAUCCUCUUGAGAAAUCUUCUGAUUCAGAUUCAGAUGCAGCACCUACUGGCUCAGUCCAGGCAACUCAUGAAAGCAAGAAAACCAAGAGGACUGAAACUACAAAAGAGGAUCCUCUAGAGAAAUUUUCUGAUUCAGAUGCAGAUGCAGCACCUACUGACUCAGUCCAGGCAACUCAUGAAAGCACUGGGGAACCAACAAGGCAAUCAAGACCAGCCCCUUGUGAGAUGAGCGACAUAGAAGUCCUGCCUUCAGUUUCUAAUGUGCUUGUGUCAAAUGAACUUGGAGACCAGUGUCGUUAUGAGGUGGAUUCCCAAAUUGCCCUUGCCAUCAAUGUGUCUCUUGAAGACUUUGAAGUACAGUUUGGAGGUAUUUGUGCUGGUGAUGGUGGUGAUGACGACUCCACUCUUCUUUGGAAUCCCUCUGACCUCCACAAUAUUCAGCAUUCUACAUUGAAUGAUGAACCUGCAUCAUCAAACGGUCUUACAGAAUCACCAGAUCAGUCUGAAAAAGAACUCCUGUAUGUGAAAUUAAGGCGAGUAAACAUAGUUCAUGACGUCCUUAAUGUCUUCAUGAAACCAAGAGUACUGAAUGCUAAUCUGAAAAUGGAGUUAAUAAAUGAGAAAGCUGUGGACAGUGAUGGUGUGUCAAGAGAGGUGUAUUCCGCCUUCUGGGAACACUUCUUUGAACAAUGUGAGGGGGAAGAAGAGAGAGUUCCCAGACUGCGACCAGACUAUUCUGAGAAGGAAUGGAAAGCAGUUGGAAAAGUCUGGUUGAAAGGAUACCUGGACCACGGCAUCAUGCCCAUCCGACUGUCCCCAGCUUUUGUUCUUGCCUGCUGCCAAGGAGUCGACUCAGUGGAUGAAGAACUCUUGAUGACGUCCUUUGCCAGAUUCCUGUCAGUGACUGAGAGACUAUCCAUUGAAAAAGCAUUGCAGGGCAGCAUGGAUGAAAGUGAUGAGGAGGAAUUACUUGACCUCUUCUCACGAAUGGGCGCACACUGCCUGCCCAGUAAAGAGAACCUAAGGGCUACCAUUGUAACAAUGGCACACAAAGCUCUUCUUCAAGAGCCGAAAUUUAUAAUUGAUUGCUUCCAUUCCAGUAUUCACACUGCUUUGCCAACUCCCAUAACCAAAAGCCGCCUAAUGGAACUCUAUGAGUCUAAAAAACCAACCAACAGGAAAGUGGCACAGAUGAUUAAACCGUCAAAUGAAAGCUUAAGUGCACAGGAGCAGACAGCGCUCAACCACCUACUACGAUAUGUCAGAAGCAUUGACCAAAAGAAGCUAGAAACCUUUUUGCGCUUCUGCACAGGGUCCACUGUGCUGUGCAAAGACAAAAUUGAAGUAACUUUUAAUAAUUUGUGUGGUUUAAGUCGCAGGCCUGUUGCACACACUUGUGGAGCAGUACUUGAAUUACCAUGCACCUACAGCACAUACCCUGAAUUUCGAACAGAAUUUGACUGUGUAUUGUCUGGUGAUUGUUUCACAAUGGAUAUUGUGUAGAUGAAGUUACUUUUCUGCUAACAACGAUCAAUCUUUUCUCAUUCACACAUAAAUGUUAAUCUUUAAAGUGAAUCUUAAAAAGGAGUUAAAACAUGAGAUAGCUGUUGCCAAACAAUGUUUGUUAUUGGGCUGUUAUUAUUGAUGUAAGAAAUGUCACAAUUUUAUUUUUUUGUUAAUAAUCAUCAAUGCUUGUUAUGUAAUGUAUUAAGACAUGAGUUUUUGCAGAUUUGCAUGUAGCAGUUAAAUGGACUACAUGCUGUUGCUGUAAAUGGAAAAUGUUUGGACCGUAAUGGUAUCCAGAGAGGUCUGCUGUCCUGUUGGGUGGGUUGUUGUUGUAAUGGAAGUAAGAAAUGUAAAGCUUUUACUUUUUUAUUAAGCAUCAAUGCUUGUUAUCUAAUGUCCUGACACAUGAGUUUUAGCAUAUUUGCAGGUAGAACGUAAAUACACUACAUGCUGUUGCUGUUCAUAAAAACGUUUGGACAGUAAUGGUGUCCAGAGAAGUCUGCUGUCCAUUUUGUGUUUUUGUAAUGGAAGUAGGGAAGCCUAAUCUAUAGCAGAAUAAAAGUUUUUGUGUGUGUGUGUGUGUGUGUGAACUAUGUAUAAUAACUUUGUAUAGAUAAAUGCACACACAUGCAUGUAUAUAUUUAAGAAAUGUUUACAUUUGUAUAUUUAUGUAUAAUUUAUAUAUAAAUUCUUAAUAUAUACAUAUGUUUUCUUAAAAUUAUACAUGCAUGUGUGCACAUUUAUAUAAACAUAAUUAUUAUACACAGUUCACACACACAUAUAAACAAAAACUUUUGUUCUGAUUAAUCGUUAUGCAUCCCUAAAUGUAAGUAAAAAUGUUAAGCUUUUACUUAUUUGUUUUUAAUACAAGUUUUUGCAGAUUUGCAGGUAGCACUUAAAAUGCUGUUGCUGUUCAUGAGAACGUUUGGACCGUGAUUAUUAAGAUAAAUUUUUGUUAUAUUUAUGUUAUGCCUUUUCAGGGAAGCUUUUAUUACCGUACAAUACUGCAGAAUAUUGCAUUUCACACAUUCACAUUUUAAUGGCAAAUACCAAUGGCUGUUUUUGUUGAAGCCUCACAUGGGAAACAUACUCAAAAUGUCCAAUACUGUUAAAUAAAAAUUACAAUUGUUCA